AUGGUCUUCCGCAUACUUAUAUCCUAUGUUAUUUGUGCAGCUGUCUUCUUAAUAAUUACUGGAGCAUUUGGUGGAAUUCUGGACCAAAUCGCUAACCAUUGCUUUGCUCAGGGAACAAACGCAUGGACUUCGAUCGAUUACACAUGUUUUUCUCUUGAAGUUGCUGGUUUGGAAGGCUUUUUAACGAUUCUUCCGAUUUAUCUUGACCACAUAUUCUUCCCCACCCUAACAGAAGACGCCUUUCUCACCGAGGUGCACUCUAUCAACGGGGAAGGUGAAGACGAAGGCGUUGUUUUCAGCGAAAUGGAAUCCGUGCAGAACACCUACUCCGAGAUUCUGAACCGAAAAGUCCAGCAACUUCUCUAUGGAGACACGGGAUAUAUAUCCUUUUUUUAUUUGUUAUUUGUUUGUUUGUUUGUUUGUUUAUUGGCGGGACUUAACAUUACUCGUCCUAUUAUGGAGGCGACAUUUCGAACCUGCGAUCGCUCCGAAUCGACCAAAUCCGUCGGUUCCACAGCGAAUUCUACCGCCCCGAGAACAUGUGCGUGGUGGUUGGCGGCAAAUUCGAGCGCGACGACGCGCUGCUCGACCUGCUGGCGCAAAUCGAACGCUCCUUCCUUCCUCGCCUGCAGCAGCGAAUGGCCAAGCCGUACGUCCGUCCCUGGAUGA